GAGGGGGGUGGGGGGCGAAGACAGCGGAGCAGCGAGAGGGAGAAGGAGAGGCUGAAAACCGUGAACCGAAGCACUGCAAUCACCGUCACCGCUGCUACUACUACUACCGCAGCUAGCAGCGACACAUUGCUGCUCCCGCCGCCGCCCUGGGUGCCCCCCGCCGCCGCCAUGGGAACUCCGCAUCAGUCGCUCCAACCGCCGCUUUGUCCGUGGGCCAUGUCGUGAUCCGUGGGCUCCGCAAGCGGGUUUUCUCUCCGUGAUCCCGACCGAGGCGAGGAGGCGAAAGGGAGGAAGAGGAGGAGGAGGGAGGGGAGGAAAGUGGUGGUGGUGGGGAAGAUGUUCGCCUCGGUGGGGCCUCGGGGCGCCCCUCGCCCACCCGUCGCUCCGGCCAUCCCGGAACCGGACCUGAGCCAUCUGACGGAGGACGAGAGGAAGAUCAUCAUGGCUGUGCUGGCUCGGCAACGGGAGGAGGAGGCGAAGGAGGAUGCCAUGUUAAAAGAGGAGAAGCCUAUCCAAGCAAGAACGGUGAACCUGGUUGGGCAGAAGAAACCUCCGCAACAAAAUGAUGUCCGAGGUAUCCAGCAGCAGUUGUCCAGCUACAGGGAGACGGUGAUCCGGCAGGCCACGGUGGCGGCGGGCUCGACCGUUCACCGGGACGAUGCCCCAACCUGCGGCAUCUGCCACAAGACCAAGUUUGCAGACGGCUGCGGGAACCUGUGCUCGUACUGCCAGACCAAGUUCUGCGCCCGCUGCGGGGGGCGAGUGUCGCUGCGGUCCAACACGGAGGACAAAGUGGUGAGUUUCUUUCCAGUUUCUGGACUACAUAACUCUGCCUGCAACCUUUAA